AUGGACAAGUAUCCAACCAUUCAUGUAUCAUUGGGUUUUGGGCGAAAGAAGCGCCAUUCUUAUGUUAAACGUAUUCGUACUAAUAGACAACAACGACAAAAACAACAUGAACCUAGUAUAAUUCAUGCAUCAUCUCGAGUUAGUCCAUUAGAUACAUCAAUGAAAACGCCUACAAAUCUAUUGAUGACAAGUUCAUCAGGUUCUGCGUACAAUCGACUUCAUUCUCCAUACUUUAUUUCGCGUGACAUAAAUACAAAUACACUUUACAUCGCUGAUUACAACAAUAAUCGUGUCAUGAGUUAUGCAUCGGGUGCAUCUAAUGGUACUUUGGUCAUCGGAGGACAAGGAUCAGGGACAAACCGUACACAACUGUAUUAUUCUGUUGGAAUUCAUUUUGAUUCAGUAUCGAACAGUCUUUUGAUUGCUAAUUAUGGUGGUCAGCAUAUUGUUCGCUGUACAUUAGACUAUAGUAAUUGGACUUUGGUUGCAGGGACCCCUGGAAUGGUUGGCAGUUCAUCAACACUUCUCAGUUAUCCUACAGGCGUUACACUCGAUCCGAUGGGUAAUAUGUAUGUAGCUGAUACAGGAAAUCAUCGUAUACAACUUUUUUUAGCUGGUCAAACAAAUGGAACAACAAUCGCUGGUAUUACUGGCCUCAGUGGUUCCAAUUCCACUCAACUCUAUGCUCCUUAUUCUAUAAGACUCGAUAAUCAACUCAAUUUAUUGGUAGCGGACGCAAUGAAUCAUAGAAUACAAAAAUUUUUACGAUAUUGA